AUCAGACUCUAUAUCUAGAUCUCACCACGUAACGGGUUUGUUUUGCUCUCGAUUCUCGACUCAAAAAGAGAUUGGCAAGUUUAAGGAAAAAGCAUCGUUACGAGAUUUCAGUUAUAGCAGGUGAAUCAAUUUAGCUUGUCAAGUAAUAUGAAUUCAUAUUUAUUUGCUCUGUUUCUGUGUGGUGCACUUUUAUACCAAACAGAAUCUCUUCCCAGGUGGAGUUGGUCAAAAUUAGCGGAUUUAGAAUCUCUGCCCCCACAAAAAGAAAAGCUAAAAGACUGCGUAGAUGGCCAAUGCUUGCAAGCUUGGAAGUGCCCCGAAAAUGAAACAGCACUCAAAGAGCCAACAGUUUGUUCUAGACGCAGUGGAGGACCGUGGAUAUGUUGCAUUAGGUUUCCAAAGAAUGAAAGUAUAAAAUUUACUGAAAAAUCAGAAGCAACUACAUCACAUUUUAUAGAGCGCCUUAUUGAAAGCACAAAAGAUUCAAGGUUUAUAAGUAUAUCAACGACUCCUGAUUGGAUUAGUGUUGAAGCUAUUGCUGAACGAAAUGAAAAGGAAAAUUCGUCUUCUCAAAAUACUGUGGCCGAAUAUAAACAAAACGAAAAGAUAGUUAAUUGGGGGAAGUCUCAUGCUUAUUCUCCAAAACAUUCUUAUGAAGAUUCCCGCAAUAACGUUGCCUCCAACAAUGCAUACAAACCGUACGUUUGGAGCAAAGGUUCUACUUCAGGUCCAUUCAGUCGAAUAACCGAGGUUAACUGGCUUAAUCCUGUUUCAGCUGAACUUCGAAACAAGUAUCCUUCUGAAACAGAUUAUGACACUGCCCCAGAAAAUUCAUGGGACAAAUCAUGGGAUUACAAUCACAAUAUUCACAGCACUAAAAAGACAACAAAGAAUUGGAUUGUUAAGCCAACUCCUUCUUCUAGAUGGUCAUCUACGAAGCCAUCUUGGAACAGAGAUCACACAUCGAGUAAAACCACUAACAAAUGGGAAAUCAGGACAACUGCCAGUUCUUGGGUAAGACCAGUGACUGAAACACGGGAUAAAGUUCCGAAUUCAAGAGAUACAGUCAGUACUCCUGUGGCACAUUCAUGGACAAAAUCCACUAAAUCGGUUCAUGAUUGGAAUUAUUCUUCAGAUUCGUAUGGAAGUACCAAAACUCGUGAAAUAAGUACUACUUCAAAGCCUAGGACGAAAUCAACGGCACAAUCUUGGAGAGCAACAGCUAGUUUUCAAAAAAGUAAUAACACCCGCAGUACAGUCAAUACAUGGGUGAAACCUACGAAAGAAUCCUGGAAUUGGGAUUCCUCAUCAAACACUGAGAAAAAAAGUACCAAAUUUCGUCCAAAUGUUCCUACAACUAGUAAAUCGACAACAAAAAAAUCCACAAGAACUUCAUCAACGACGAAAUUAAUAUCAAAGCCUACUGCAGUCUAUACAAGCAAACAAACUAUAAACAAUCGAUUAACAACUCCCAAGUCAUCAUUUACACGUUCUACAGUUAGCACACAGAAGCCUUGGGGAGUAUCUUUCGAAAAUAUAGAAAAGUCCAGAAGCUCUUCAAGAAUACCAUCUGUUGGUACACGAUCUACCACCAAGAAAAAUUCGAGAACGACACCAUUGCCAGAUGUUAAUUCUCAAAGAUGCGGAAUUCGAGUCACAAAUAGAGGAGCUUCUCGUCGCUCAAAGCGACAAUCGAGUUCUGAAGAAUUUGUAUAUACAGAUGGCUCAGAAGCAGGAAGAAACCGGUCACCUUUCCAGAGAAUUGUUGGUGGCAAAGAAGUUGAUCCGUUCUCUUGGCCAUGGAUGGCUGCUUUGUAUCGAGUGUCUGAAUCCGGUGGCAACAGGUUCUUGAGCGCCGGUUCUCUUAUCAACAGAAAUUUCGUGCUGACCGCAGCGCAUGUCUUCACACCAGAUGAUCUCAGGUCUGCCUCCUUUGUGGUGAUGUUGGGUACCCACACAGCUAGAGAAGCAGUGGCCGAGUACGUGGUGAUGUAUGUUCUGAGACAUCCUAACUAUCAGCAGCGGUACUACUACAAUGACAUAGCUUUAUUGAGGUUGGAGCGAGCCGUGGACUUCAACGAAUAUGUAAUGCCCGUCUGCCUGCCUUCGCCAUCAUUGCCACUCGUGAAAGAUGAAGAUCUGGAGGGAAAACCAGUCACCGUCAUGGGCUGGGGAGACGAAUCCUAUGGUGGCAAGACUAGUCGUGUGCUGAGGGAAGCCUCGUUUCCGAUCGUUCCCAGAAAGUCCUGCAAUGAGUCUUACUUCCGAGUGGCCUCCAACAGAUUUCCCAGAGGAAUCACUUCCAACAUGCUGUGCGCUGGAGAUCCCAAUGGAGGCAAAGAUGCUUGCCAGGGUGAUUCUGGAGGCCCUUUAACCGCUGUCGAAAAUGGAAGACACACGCAGGUGGGCAUUGUGUCUUUCGGAUACAAAUGCGGAGACAAAGAAUAUCCUGGCGUGUACACCAAAGUUGCUCCUUAUCUCAGCUGGAUUGCUGAAAACGCCCGCUGUGACGACUACAGUGAUUAUCCCAAUUAUUACUCCAGAUAAGGAUAAUUGCUCAGACAGUUACUGAUAAUCAUUGCCGCACAAUUUACUCUUAUUUCGUCUGAAAAAUGUACAUAUUUUUCUAUGUACAGGAAUGAUUGAUCUUGCGGGCAAUCAAUCGCAUUUUAGAUAAUUUGUAUAUCAGUCUUUCUCACAUGCACAUAGAAAUUUCAAUAUCUAUUUCUACCUCUGAUGUAAAAAUUCAGGUAAUAAGUAUCAGUAUUUGUAUCCUUUUUCUAAUUUCCUUGGGUGAAGGAAUAUAGUAGAAUAGCCACUUCUUUUGGAGACUCAAGCAUAUCCAUCUUAAUGAAAUGGAUGAUUUUACUAAGAAACAAAAAAUGAAAGCUGAAACACUUAAAUGAAGUCCAGAGGAUCUAGGAUCUAUUGCCCCCACCAAAAGUCCAUAGUGGGAUUGAAGACGACAAGCUAGCAUAUGAGAUUUUAAUAAACUAUUUCGAACUAUAUUUUACUGUUGGGUGAUGUGUGUGUUGGAUGAGAUUUAUCAUCCAGCAACUGGCAUUUGUAUGGCAGCUAAGCAAUUUAUUAUGUGUUUUUAUGCAUACAAAUAAUAUUUUUUAAAAUUUUGUUUAGCUUAAACUUUUAAUCAAAUUAAAACCUUAGUAUUCUUUCUUCUUGAUCAGUACUGAUUGCAAAUCUCCAGAAUUGGGAUGAUAGAUGUUGUGGAGGACAAUCAGUUCAAGAUUUUAAACUCUCAUUAAUCAUAUUAUUCUUGGUUUUUAAUUUUUUUUUUUAUAUUUGAAUAACAAUAAGGGUUUAUAAAGUUGAAAAAUUGAUUCAAUUUUUUGCAUCAGUACCUGAACUGGUUCAGACAAUUGUUUAGAUAACUAUAUAAAUUUCACGAAAAAAAAUUAUAUAAGCAUUUUAUAGAAAUAAAAUGUUUAUAAUUUAACGCCAUUAUGAUUUAUUCUAAAAAGAAGUAUUGAAUUCGAAUAUGUUGUUUGUAGCCCUCUUAGUAGUUGGAUAGCAAGUAAUAUUUAAAUAGCCUCAGUACAGAAGAAUCGCUUCUCAAUCGUUGAAAUGAUUGUGAAAAGAAUGGACUUCUGUGUGACUUAAUUAUUUAUGCCCUAUUCAUUGUUGAAAGUAGUGAUGACUAUUUGUAUAGUUCUUGUUAACAAAGGACCGGUGUUUCCAAGACUUAUCAAACGAUCUAGACUAAAUAUGUAUUGACGAUUGCACUUCAUCUGUAUUGAAAUAGCUCCUGAUGAAAUUUCUGUGCAUGUUCCCUGUUACAAUAAACCGACCAACAAUAUUGUUACAAUACCUUUACAAUAUUGUACAGCAUUCAGAUUUUUGAGCAACAUUGUGGAGAUAACUUACGAUAUUUUGUGCCAAUAGUAUUCUAAUGUUGAGCAGCUACUAUUAACACUAGUCCUUUUUGCCAACAAUUUCUGUAUUGUUCCUUUUGCUUUGGUCCUUUUAAUGUCUGAGCUUAUUGUUAAAAAGCUUUCUUCUAAACUUUGAAGGAAUUUCUAUUUCAAGACUAAAAUGAGUGAAAUUAUUAAAUAUAACAAGGCUUCUUAUAAGUAAAACUAAAUGAAAAUUAUUUAAAGAGUAAAGAUGGAAACAUAUAAGUUAUUCUUGUGUAAUUUUAAAUAAAAAUAAAAAUUACGAGAUAAUUUAAAUAAUCAGAAAACAGAAAAUAAAACUUUCUAUACUAUAAAAUUUUUGGAAGUUAAUUCGAAAGUCAUUUUUGAAAUUGCAUUUUUAAAAGCAUAAAUAGACGAUAGUGAUGUAUUUUAAAUAAACAACUGUAUAUUAUUUCCUUGCAUGGCAUAGCCAACCAUUUACACAUGCCAUAAAAAUUCACUUCUCAUGUAUUUAUUUUCAUAUUUUUUGCUAUCAUUCCCAUUAUAUUUAGCAUGUUUACUUUUUUAUUAUAUUCAUUUUUUAUAUAUUUUGUGAUUACUCUUUUAAG